AUGCGCAAGAUAAUAGAAACCGCCGGUCAACUUCCAGACAUCCUCAUCAGCUGGAUUACCCCCAACGUGCGCCAGUUCCGGGCAAGCAAACUGCCCGUGGUCUGGCUGCUUGCACUACUUGUCGGUGCACUGGUGGCCUUGGCCGCGAUUGCCUUCCGCACCGCCAUCGGACUUAUCCAGUGGCCCUGGCUGCGCACGACGACUGAACUCACGAUCCAGGCUGCCACCCAGCAACCCUGGUGGAUUGUCAUGCUCGCGCCGGCGAUUGCCGGAUUGCUGGUCGGCUGGAUCCUGCACAAGUACCACCCCUAUCAGCGGGCCGGCGGAGUUGCCGACGUUAUCGAGGCGCGCGCCUAUGGAGGCCGCGGUCUGCCCUUCAAGGCCGGUCUGUGGUCCGCGCUGGUCACGGUUAUUUCGCUCGGCGGCGGUGCCAGCGCAGGUCGCGAAGGCCCGGUCGUUCACCUUGGAGCAACGGUAGGAACGGCGGUCUGCGGUUUCUUCCAGCUUCCCGAUUCAGCCCGCCGGAUCCUGCUCGCCUGCGCCGUGGCCAGCGGUGUUUCAGCCUCCUUCAACGCUCCGAUCGCCGGUGUUCUGUUUGCCCAUGAAGUCGUGCUGGCGCACUACGCGGUGUCAGCCUUCGUGCCCAUCGUGCUGGCGUCGGUCAUGGGAACGCUUUUGUCCCGCCUGUGGUUCGGAAACGUUGCAGCCUUCGAAAUCCCGCAAUACGAAAUCACGUCCUAUCUGGAAAUCCCCGCUUUUGCGCUCCUUGGACUGACGUGUGCGGCCGUCGCCAUCAUCUUCCAGUUUGCAUUGAUCGGCAGCGACUGGACGGCACGCAAUAUAACAAUGCCCCUCUGGCUCAGACCGGUUAUCGGUGGUCUGGCUGUCGGUGCGAUCGGUGUUUUCUAUCCGGAGAUUCUGGGAGUCGGCUACGAGGCGACGGAUCUUGCGCUGAAACACGAACUGACCAUCAACACGAUGCUGACCCUUCUUGUGGUGAAGACCGCAGCAACGGCAAUAACGCUCGCAUCGAGGUUUGGAGGCGGCAUAUUUUCGCCAUCCCUUUACCUCGGCGCCAUGACAGGCGGUGCGUUCGGUCUGAUCGCAGCCUCCGUGUUUCCCGAAAUGGCUUCGAGCCAUGGCCUUUAUGCCAUUCUUGGCAUGGGAGCGGUUGCGGCCGCGGUGCUUGGAGCACCGUUUUCAACCACCGUCAUUGUCUUCGAACUGACCGGCGGUUACGCCCUGUCGAUCGCUCUGCUGCUCGCGGUCUCGAUCGCAACGGGACUGACACAGGCCGUUCACGGCAAGUCCUAUUUCCACUGGCAGCUUGGCAUGCGCGGAUGUUUCGUCAAUGAAGGCGCGCAUCAAUUCCUGAGCGAAACCGUGAAGGUCCGUGAUUUCAUGGAUCCACCACCGGAAAACGAGGAAGAGCAGCUCUUCAACCCGGGUGAAGAUGGGCCCUAUCUGCACGAUACCGAUACCCUGGAAAGCGCCUUGAAAAGCUUCGAUUCCUGCGGCAAGGCCACGUUGCCCGUCGUUCGGAAGGGAGAUGCGACCAAGGUUAUCGGUCUGGCCCGCCAUGUCAGGGGCCUGCGGUACUUCAACGCUGCCUUGAUCAAGGCCACCAAGGAAGAGCAUCACUAA